AUGCUCCACCAGCUGGCGGAUCUGGAGGCGGCCAACGACAGCUGCCCUGGGACUGCCGCCGCCGUCUGUAACGCCACCUUGGCCGACGAUGCUCUCCAACUGCCCACUUUCUCCACGGCGGCUAAAGUGCGAGUCAUCAUCACCUUCAGUUUAUGCGCCGUGUCGGCCGUUUGCAACCUUCUAGUGCUGUGGGCGGCCGGAAAGGGCGGCAGACGCAAGUCGCACGUCAGGAUUAUCAUCAUGAACCUGACCGUGGCUGACCUGCUGGUCACUUUCAUUGUGAUGCCCGUGGACGCCGCGUGGAACAUUACGGUGCAGUGGCAGGCCGGAGACACCGCAUGCAGGCUUCUUAUGUUCCUCAAGCUGGUGGCCAUGUACUCGUGCGCUUUUGUCACUGUGGUUAUCAGCCUGGAUCGACAAUCCGCCAUAUUAAACCCGCUGGGAAUCAGGGAAGCCAGGAAGAAAAGCAAGAUUAUGCUGACGGUAGCCUGGAGCAUGAGCGUCAUCCUCUCUCUUCCUCAGAUGUUUAUAUUUCACAACGUGACCAUCACAGUGCCCGAAAAUUUCACCCAGUGCACCACGCAUGGCAGCUUCGUCCAGCGUUGGCAAGAGACAGUGUACAACAUGUUCACUUUCGCGUGCCUCUUCCUCCUUCCUCUGGCUAUAAUGAUCUUCUGCUACACCAGAAUCCUCAUUGAGAUCUCAAGCCGCAUGGCUCGCAAUAACGUGCUAUCCAGAGAUGUUCACCUCCGUCGCUCCCACAACAACAUCCCCAAAGCCCGGAUGAGGACUCUUAAAAUGAGCAUCGUCAUCGUGACGUCCUUCAUAAUCUGCUGGACUCCAUACUACUUGCUGGGCCUGUGGUAUUGGUUGUUCCCCGAAAGAAUGGAGGAGACGGUCUCUCACUCUCUCACUCAUAUGCUGUUCAUCUUCGGCCUCUUCAACGCCUGUCUGGACCCCAUCACGUACGGUUUGUUCACUAUGAACCUCCACCAUAGAAGGAAGAGUUACGGUCAAGCUUCCAACACACAGAUCACUAUGGACAACAACAAUUGCUUCAUGCACAUGACUCGCCGCCGCGUGGCUACAGACCGGCACACUGACUUGGAGGAACGGAGCAACAACAGCAGCAUAAAUAGCGGCUCAAGGGCAAUCGUGCCCGUGAGUGAGAUUUAA